AUGGAGAAAAAGAAACCCGCCUACUCAGCCGAGUUGCUCUGGGUCAAUCAUGAUUCGAAAAACAUGAAUGCGUUGCCAAACAGGCAAAAAGUCUCCAGCCACAUCCAAAGACACUACAGGUCAUGGCAGAGAAAGGCAUCGGCACAGGAGCUGAGGAAUUCAAAAUUUUUGACCAACAGGGCUCUGCGUUCUUCUGGCCACGAACUUGCACGAAGCAAUGUAAGCGACACAAGGAACGACACCUCAGACGAGACCCAGGCCGCAUCCCAGAGCGCCCAAUUCCAUGCAUCCGUAACCAGGCGUUUCCGCGGGAACUCCGACCCCUUCGACGCCCAUGCCGUCAGAGUCUGCCCUCGUGUGAACGACAUCCUCAAAUUCUAUCGCGACUACGCCAUCCCAUCGCAAUACCACACCGGACCCGACGGGUGGAAAACCACGGCAGCCGCCAUGGACGACUGGAAAGACGCCGUCCAGUCCCUGCACGAGAGAGGCGGCGCGCUGGGCUUCCUCGCACGCUGGGCGCAGGUCGCUUCAAACGUCACGCAGAGCUCUGAACUCGCGGUCGAGGCUCUGCGGUUCCGGUCGCAGAGCACGACGAUCUUGCAUGAGAAGCUCAAGCGCGAGUCCGGGACGAUCUCGAAGUCGACGUACUGGCACAUGCACACCCUGUACACGGCCGAAACGCUAGCCGGCAACCCACGGGCGGCAUGGCUGCACGCAACAAUCAUGCAACAAAUCCUUCGACAGCACAGCGAAAAGGGCCAGAUGGAGCUCACGUACCUGCGAUAUUUUCUCUACAACGAGAGCUCGGCGUGCUGCAUGUUCAUGACGCGCCCCGUGCUCGACUAUGAAACUUGGGUCCCGCAGAUGUUCAAACCGGCGUGGCGGCAAGCGGGUGAAGAAUUGGCCUCUCUCAAAAUAGAGUACAACACGAUGCUCGACCCGUCGAUUGAAUGCUGGUUCCUGAAGAACAUGUUCCUCUUGCAGCGCGAGGACCUGGAGGUCUGGCGACACGCGUCGUCUCGGGCGGAGGAUCUGAGCCCGUCCAUGUUCAUUUGGUUCGCUGCACGGCACUCGAUCCACCAGGCCAGGUUGGUCAAAUAUGCAUUGGACCGGGCCGACGAGGCGAGGAGCGAGGAGAAGCUUGGCAUGAAGUAUUUCAAAAACGCCUACCUGGCUUUGACGGUAGUCUACUGGACCCGACUGAUCGCGGGGAGUGACACCAUCAUGGGCGUGGAGAUUUUCGCCACCAAGAGGCCGUUGUUGAAGGCCAUCAGGGAGUUACUGGACGAGGAGGAGGCGGCCAUCGGGCUGGACGCGGCGUUUGGAAACAAGAACGCAAGGCUGUGGGCGCUGUAUGUGGGCGCACAGGCUGAGCAGCAACUUCCCUCAGACGCCGAGGACAAUAGCAACAAUACAUGGGGGACGAAGUGGUUCAGCGAGGCGUUUUCCUUGCAGGCCGCAAGGAUGAACCUGCUGUCUUGGACCUCCGUGCAAAGCGUUCUGGAUGGGUUUCUGGAUCACAACAUCACCGAGCCCCAUGGGGAGGAAUUUGUGCCCCGUCUCCUUCGACCGCUGGCCCCAGUCGCCGGCUAA